AUGGACGAAAUGAAGGAGCCCAAGCCGCAAUGCGGCAGUGGAAAAACAGGCAGCGACGAAUACGACGUCGGACUGCAUGUUGCUGGUCUCUUUCUGGUCUUGGCCUUUUCCAUCUUUGGUGCUGGGUUUCCCGUUGUGUCCAAGAAGGUCAAGUGGUUGAAUGUACCUCCCAAGGUUUUUUUCGCAUGCAAGCAUUUCGGUACCGGUGUGCUCAUUGCAACUGCUUUUGUCCAUCUUCUGCCAACCGCCUUCGGCAACCUCAUGAACCCAUGCCUCCCAGACCUCUUCACCGAUGACUACCCGCCGCUCCCCGGUGCCAUCAUGAUGGGUUCCAUGUUCAUUCUGUUCUGUAUCGAGAUGUGGAUCAACGCCAAGAUAGGAGGCCAUAGCCACGGAGGUCCCACUGGUGAUGUGAUGCACUCUCACGGUCCCGCACCAGGCGCCCCUUCGCGCCCCCCACGUUUCGCUCGUGAAAGCUUCGACGCCGAGGUCGACAGCCUCGACUUCGAGAAGAGGGUUGCACAGCGCGCCUACGGCGACGACAAGUCCCGCGCGCCCCCCUACGGCGAGCAGAACCCAAACGUCCUAUCCGACUCCGAUAUGCCUCCUUGGUUCGUCGUCUUCUACGAGCAGUACGUGCGUCAGCGCAUGGAGAUGAUGAACAUGAUCCGCUCCACCCAGGAGAAGCAAACGUCCCAGGUCGCCGUGACGGAGGUUAAGCAGGAAGAUCCAUUUUACGAUGCCGAGGGCCAACCGGUUGACCCGGCCGUGUACCGUAAGAUGUCUCUCAACAUUACCAUGCUCGAAGGUGGUAUCCUGUUCCACUCGGUGUUCGUUGGUAUGACCAUCUCCAUCACCAUUGACGGUUUCAUUAUCCUCCUCGUCGCCAUUCUGUUCCACCAAAUGUUCGAGGGUCUUGGUCUGGGUUCCCGUAUUGCCGCCGUGCCGUAUCCCAAGGGCAGCAUCCGCCCCUGGGUUUUGGUCGUCGCCUUCGGUACUACGGCUCCAAUUGGACAAGCCAUCGGACUGUUCACCAGAAGCACCUACGAUCCCGAAAGCGCAUUCGGUCUCAUCAUCGUUGGUGUGUUCAACGCAAUCUCCUCCGGCCUGCUCCUCUAUGCUGCCCUGGUAGACCUCUUGGCUGAGGAUUUCCUUUCCGAAGAGGCCAACCGUAUUCUCAGCAGCAAGGACAAGAUCCAUGCUUUCUGUUUCGUUCUUGCAGGAGGUCAGUAG